CUGGAGGACACAGGUUGCAAAUUUGUGAAGUAAAGUUUAUGAAAGAUGGCAGAUAAGGAGCUUGCCAGAGUGAGAGGACGGUUUGUUGAAAAGGUAUCAAAAGCCCUUCUUAAACAGCUCCUGGAUGACCUUUUAGAAGAGGGUUUGCUGAAUGAUGGAGAGACAGACUCUGUGCUCGAAGACAACAGCAACAAAGCAGACAUGGCCCGUGCUCUCAUCGACAUGGUGAAGAGGAAAGGAGAUAAAGCUAGCAGGAAGAUGAUCGAACACCUGGAGAAGAGAGAUCCUACACUUUACUCUGAGCUGGGUCUGUCCUGUGGUCAGCCUCCUGCGUCUCAGAAGGAGCAAAGCUGGUCGUCCAAACUCAUCGCCACAACUGACUCUUUCUGGAGGACAAAGCUGAACGAUAAAAAUAUUUACCCUGUGGCAGAAAAGUCCAUCAGCAGUCGAGUGGCCCUCCUAAUCACUAAUCGAAAUUUUUCUGAUGAGAGAUUAACCCGAAAAGGAGCUGAAGUUGACGAGGAGAACAUGGAUAAACUUCUCCGAUCUCUGCAUUAUGAAGUGGUCAAAUACAAAGAUCUCACUGGAAAGAUGAUCGAUGAGGCUCUGAUGAAUUUCUCCAAACAUCCCAAACUCAAAGAGACAGACAGUGUGUUUGUGGUGAUUAUGUCUCACGGGAAACGGGGAAUUGUCCUCGGUGUCAAUCACAGAGAAGAAGUGGAACCAGAUGAAUUCCCUGUUGACAAUAUUUACAAGUACUUGGGCUCACAGAAAUGCUCAGCACUGCUAAACAAACCAAAGAUCAUCAUCAUCCAGGCCUGCAGAGGAGAAUCUGGUGGCUCCGUGAUGGUUAGUGACAGUGCAAAAGUGGUCUGUGAUGAUGUGUCACAGAGCCGCUUUGAUGAAAACAGCAUUGUGGAUGACUCUACUCGAUACGUGCACAAAGAAAAGGACUUCGUUUCACUUCUGUCCAGCACCCCAGACACUGUUUCAUACAGACAGGAAGACCGUGGGUCUUUUCUGAUCCAGUUCAUCAAGGAGGUAUUCAACACGUGCUCUCAUGAGGACGACAUCGACGAGCUCUUCAGAAAAGUCAUGCAACGCUUUGAAGAUUUUCCCUCUGAGAAACUGAGACAGAUGCCAACCAAAGACAGAUGCACUCUAACCAAGCGCUUCUACCUCUUUCCAGGCCGCUGAGACAGGAUUGAAUUUUGGUCAAAGGAAACACAUAAUAAGUGCUAAUAAGUACAUUAAUGAUUUCAUGGAUUAUCACUUCCUAGUAAUAAGGGAUUCAUACUUAUCUGUAGUAUAACGAGGGAUAUGCAUUGAUUAUUGUGAAUUAUAUGUAAAAUAUUGAUUUCUUUGUUUCUGUUUUUACUGCUUUGUGAAAGUGAAUGUGAGAUUUUGUCAACUUUUAAUACGUUUGGACAUUUUAGUAGCUAUAUGAGUGAGUGUAUCAUUUACAUUCAUCAGUUGUUCUUGUCUAUAAUGUCAUCACUGUUACUGUUAUGUGUCUAAAUAAGUAAAUGAGCCCUUAGUUACAGUAAAUGAAUCUUGUAUUAACUAAAAUGUUAACACCAGCGGUCUCCAACCUUUUUU